GAGCAGGGCUGGAAGCGGCUGAGGCAGCGCUUACCUUCGUCCUAACUCCUCCUUGGACGGCUGGAGAGCUGCGCUCCGCGGCUGUUCCUGCCUCUCUCCUGCGGGGCUCUCUCGCAGCCCAGGAUCUCCCCUGCUUUUGGGUGCUGAAGCAACCGAGCAACACGUUUUCCCAAAAUGAUGGAAAAUAAGGUGUUCCUGUCAUUCACGUUCUACAGCACAAUUCUGAUUUUAAAAAUGUAUGCCGUUGCCAUCAUUACGGGCCAAGUAAGACUCAGAAAGAAGGCAUUUGCAAACCCAGAGGAUGCCCUGCGCAAUGGGGGGCUGCAGUUCUUCCGUGAGGACCCUGACGUGGAGCGGUGCCGCAGGGCCCACCGCAAUGACAUGGAGAACAUCUUUCCCUUCCUCUUCCUGGGAGCCAUCUACUCCCUGCUGGAUCCCAGCCCUGCAGUGGCCAGGAUCCACUUCCUCAUCUUCUGCGUGGGACGGAUCAUCCACACCAUUGCCUACCUCCUGCAGCUGAGGGCCCCCACUCGCUCCGUGGCCUACAGCGUGGCCCAGCUGCCCUGCUUCUCCAUGGCCCUGCAGAUCCUGCUGGCCACCACCCCGUACUGGUAACAACCAGAGAGACCGACCACCCAAACGCCCUGAUCCUGACUCUGCUGGGCCCCUGCGAGUGGGGAGAGUGAGUGUGUGAGUGUGUGUGUGAGAU